UGCGUGAUUGGCGGUCCUCGCCGCCAGGUGGCGGUAGAGCAUCAAACCGUUGUUUGACGUAAGAGGCGAGAAGAAGAAGCAGCGGAGUUCCGGUGUCCUUGUGCCAGAAUCGUGCUACCAGCCGGCAGAGAAAGAUGUUCAGACACAUGAUAGCUGUCCAGCAGGUGGCGCGGCGGAGCAUCUGCAGCUCUGCCCGCAGGCAGGUGGACAACAAAGUUCCUCAGAAACAGAAGAUCUUCCAGGAGGAUAACGGGAUGCCGAUCCACUUGAAGGGAGGCAGCGGCGACGCCCUGCUGUACCGGGCCACCAUGGCGCUCACCGUUCUGGGCGUCGGCUUCACUCUCUAUGAGCUGGUGAAGGCAUCCUUCCCCCAGAAGAGGGACUGAAUCCGGUCCGGCUGUUUACUCCCUGCCGACGGAGCGACCCAGUUUGUACAAAGAUGUUCCAGAGUGUUCCGGUUCCGUGUUCCCUCCCCUCUCUGUUCUUAUUCCAUGUUCUUGGAGUGGUAACUUAUUCCUUCUACAAUAAACAGAAUCUUCAGAACCUCUAAUGACCCAAACGAACAGAACUCCUGUAACUUCCGAGCCGCAUCGGUCCAGAACUUCUACAUUAAACAUAGAAUUAAAA